UGCCGCGCGGAAAGAGCUGCUGAGCGCUCGCUGCGUGGAGGAUCGGUGCCGCGUGGUGGAGGACCGCGCGGUGAAAUUCAUGGAGUUUUUGAUGGGGGCGGUGGUAUUCGAGGCAAGGACCGACGAAGAGCGCGCCGAAGACAUGGCCGGAUCAGGCCGCCGCGUGGGUUGCGGUCUUGGGCACGGAGUUGGCGCGUCCCUUGCGGACUGUAUAUUUCAGGUAUUGGCUCGUUGGGGGUGGUGUACUCAGGCAUUGGCGUCAGAGGAGGGGCGCCGUGCCGCGUGCGACGCGUGCAUUGAUCACCUACGCAACGUCGGAGAUGCAUGGUUGGCGCUGGGGUCGCAUGGGGGUGAGCUCCGACACGGCGUCCACGCAGGCGAGAUCAUGAGAUUCGCGCUGGCACGGUACCGGGCGGCGGAUGUAGCGCUGCCCGACGAGAUCAUCGUGCACACGUUCUCCCGCUUUGACGGGCUCCUUGGAACGCACGGGCAGGGCGUUUCCAUCUCGUUUACUCGAGCGGAGCUCGAGGGCGAAAGGCCCGCUUUCGGUGAAUGGCCGUGCGUCGAGCAGGUGCGCGCUGAGGGCGAGGUCGCCAUACUCGAGGUGUACAAUCACACUGGGGUGGACAUUGCAACCGCGACGUACAAACCAGUAUGGCCAUGCGCGGGGAAGGAGUCGCCGGCGGCCGCGCCUUGGAUGACGAGUGCCAACCUCCGCACCGGUAGCGGGGACCUUGUCCAGCAGACAGAAGGCACCAAUGCCGACACGAGGGCCAAGCGCCCGCGGAUUACAGGGAAGACGAGGUCAGCUGACGCCGCAGCGCCGGGAGCCGGCGGCCCCACCGACUCGGGCGGCACACCGGUGGCAUCGAGCGCCAUGACGAGUACCGGCGCAGCACAGGAGGAUGACGGCGCGGUCCAUGCAGACGCGCCAGGCCACGUGCAUCGGGUCCGCGCUGCAAACAUGUCUGACGACCCGCGACGGAAAAGGGAAGGAGAUUUGGAAAGGGUCGCGAUAGAGUACUUGAAGGAUGCACCAACGCUGCCCGCCGUCUCGACGAAUGGGUCUGCCUUCGAUGCGGGAGUCCGUGAAUCUGUCGGAGCAUUAGGAUUGCCGAGGAAGCACUGCGCGUUCAAACGCCGGAUGCAGGACGGGGGGAAGCCUUGCCGAUGGCAUGGAGAUUCGGAUGCAGACCUGUGCGCGCACCUGCUGCAAGAGCAUCGAGCGCAGCUCGAGGAGAUCGCAACCUCGCUGGUUUGCGUUGCUGCUGAGGAAGAGAAGAGCGAAGAGUUGCGGUACCUUUCUGCGUACAACGAGGAAGCGGCGGAGAUCUUGGAAGCGACGAAAGGCAACGCCGUGGUUCUCGAGAAGAGCAGCUUCGAUGACGGGGACAUCAAUGCCCAACGCGUGGAAGCCUUACGAAGUUUUGUACAGAGGGUGUCGCCAGAAUGCGAGCAAGGUGGGACCAGCGAGCGCACGGAAGACAGCGAGUGCGAGUCGGAGCACGAAGGCCCCCGAGUGAAGCGCCCGCGCGAAGGCGGGCGAGGAACGGUGCUCGACGUUGCACCGGCGAAGGAGAGGGAAGAGGUGAGAUUGGUGACGGGGGCGAUGGAGAAGAACGAACGA